GGGGCGGGGGCAGCCCCGAACCGGCUCUGGAUCGUCCCCACUCCCGUCUCAAACUACUCGGAAAGUUGUCCCUUAGCACUCUGCCAGCCGCUCCGGGAGCUCCGCCGCGACGAGGGUUUCCCCCACAGCCCCAGCUGGCGUGGCCAGGCCCCAAGUGUAGGAUGGGGCUCCUCCUACGAGGGCCGGUGGCAGCCAGAACUGAUACAGCCCCCCUGAUCUGGGGCCAGGACACCAGCUGAGGAGGGGGUAGUAUCUGGAAGCCAUGGCUGGUGCCUCAGUGAAAGUGGCAGUGAGGGUUCGGCCCUUCAACGCCCGAGAGACCAGCCAGGAUGCCAAGUGUGUGGUCAGCAUGCAGGGCAGCACCACCUCCAUCAUCAACCCCAAACAGAGCAAGGAUGCCCCCAAAAGCUUCACUUUCGAUUACUCCUACUGGUCACACACUUCGGCUGAGGACCCCCCAGUGAGCUACAUGGAGAUCUACUGUGAGCGGGUACGAGACCUCUUGAACCCCAAGAGUCGGGGCUCUCUACGGGUCCGGGAGCACCCCAUCCUGGGCCCCUACGUGCAGGACCUGUCUAAAUUGGCUGUGACCUCCUACGCAGACAUUGCAGACCUCAUGGACUGUGGAAAUAAGGCGCGGACUGUGGCCGCCACCAACAUGAAUGAGACCAGCAGCCGUUCCCAUGCGGUCUUCACCAUCGUCUUCACUCAGCGCUGCCAUGACCAGCUCACUGGGCUGGACUCAGAGAAGGUCAGUAAGAUCAGUUUGGUGGACUUGGCUGGCAGCGAGCGGGCCGACUCCUCGGGGGCCCGGGGCAUGCGCCUGAAGGAAGGCGCCAACAUCAAUAAGUCCCUGACUACCCUAGGGAAGGUGAUCUCAGCCCUCGCGGAUAUGCAAUCAAAGAAGCGGAAGUCGGAUUUUAUCCCUUACAGGGACUCUGUGCUCACCUGGCUGCUCAAGGAGAAUCUGGGUGGCAACUCACGUACAGCGAUGAUUGCAGCCCUGAGCCCCGCAGACAUCAAUUAUGAGGAGACUCUAAGCACCCUCAGGUACGCCGACCGCACCAAGCAGAUCCGCUGCAACGCCAUCAUUAAUGAGGACCCCAACGCCCGGCUGAUCCGAGAGCUGCAGGAGGAGGUGGCCCGGCUCCGGGAGCUGCUGAUGGCGCAGGGGCUCUCUGCCUCUGCCCUGGGAGGCCUGAAGGUAGAUGAAGGGAGUCCUGGUGGUGCUCUGCCAGCUACAUCACCCCCCCCAGCCCCAGCUUCGCCCUCAUCUCCCCCAGCACACAACGGGGAGCUGGAGCCAUCAUUCUCCCCCAAUGCCGAGCCCCAGAUCGGGCCUGAGGAGGCCAUGGAGAGGCUGCAGGAGACAGAGAAGAUUAUAGCUGAGCUGAAUGAGACCUGGGAGGAGAAGCUACGUAAGACGGAGGCCUUGAGAAUGGAGAGAGAAGCACUGCUGGCUGAGAUGGGGGUGGCCGUCAGGGAAGAUGGGGGAACCGUGGGCGUCUUCUCUCCUAAGAAGACUCCGCACCUGGUGAACCUGAAUGAAGACCCCCUGAUGUCCGAGUGUCUGCUCUAUCACAUCAAAGAUGGCAUCACCAGAGUCGGCCAGGUGGACGUUGACAUCAAGCUGACCGGGCAGUUCAUUCGGGAGCAACACUGUCUGUUCCGGAGCAUCCCUCAGCCAGACGGAGAAGUGGUGGUCACCCUGGAGCCCUGUGACGGAGCUGAGACCUACGUCAACGGGAAACUCGUGACUGAGCCCGUGGUGCUGAAGUCAGGGAAUAGGAUUGUAAUGGGCAAGAACCACGUUUUCCGCUUCAAUCACCCGGAGCAGGCCCGGCUGGAGCGGGAACGAGGGGUUCCCCCGCCCCCAGGACCACCCUCUGAGCCCGUCGACUGGAACUUUGCCCAGAAGGAGCUGCUGGAGCAGCAAGGCAUCGACAUCAAGCUGGAGAUGGAGAAGAGGUUGCAGGAUUUGGAGAACCAGUACCGAAAAGAAAAGGAAGAGGCUGAUCUUUUGCUGGAGCAGCAGCGGCUGUAUGCGGACUCUGACAGCGGGGACGACUCGGACAAGCGCUCCUGCGAGGAGAGCUGGCGGCUCAUCUCGUCCUUGCGCGAGCAGCUGCCCCCCACCACGGUCCAGACCAUCGUCAAGCGCUGCGGCCUGCCCAGCAGUGGCAAGCGCAGGGCCCCCCGCAGGGUGUACCAGAUCCCCCAGCGGCGGCGGCUGCAGGGCAAAGACCCCCGCUGGGCCACCAUGGCCGACCUGAAGAUGCAGGCGGUGAAAGAGAUCUGCUACGAGGUGGCCCUGGCCGACUUCCGCCAUGGGCGGGCCGAGAUCGAGGCCCUGGCCGCCCUCAAGAUGCGGGAGCUGUGCCGCACCUAUGGCAAGGCCGAGGGGCCCGGAGAUGCCUGGAGGGCCGUGGCCCGGGAUGUCUGGGACACGGUGGGCGAGGAGGAAGGCGGUGGAGGCGGAGGUGGCGGCAGUGAGGAGGGAGCCCGCGGCGCGGAGGUGGAGGACCUCCGUGCUCACAUCGACAAGCUGACUGGGAUCCUGCAGGAGGUGAAGCUGCAGAACAGCACCAAGGACCGCGAGCUGCAGGCCCUGAGGGAUCGCAUGCUCCGCAUGGAGAGGGUCAUCCCACUGACCCAGGAUCAUGAGGAUGAGAAUGAAGAAGCUGGUGAAGCCACGUGGGCCCCGCCCCAGGGGUCCGAGGCAGAGGAGGAAGCCCCCAGCGACCGCACACCCCCUGCCCGGCCCUCCUCGCCGCCUCUGUCAAGCUGGGAGCGGGUGUCGCGGCUGAUGGAGGAGGACCCUGCCUUCCGCCGGGGCCGCCUUCGCUGGCUCAAGCAGGAGCAGCUACGGCUGCAGGGACUGCAGGGCUCCGGAGGCCGGGGUGGUGGGCUGCGCAGGCCCCGGCCGCUUCGUGCCCCCCACGACUGCAAGCUGCGUUUCCCCUUCAAGAGCAACCCCCAGCACCGUGAGUCCUGGCCAGGGGCAGGGUCGGGGAGGUCCCCACGCCGCCACCCCCAGGCCCCCGAGGAGCUCACCCCGCCUCCGGCCAUCCCUGUCCGCAGGCCCCCAAGUCCCCGCAGGUCCCACCGUCCCCGCAGGAACUCCCUGGACGGAGGGGGUCGAGCCCGGGGAGGGGGCUCCACGCAGCCGGAACCCCAGCACUUCCAGCCCAAAAAGCACAACUAUUAUCCCCAGCAGCCCCAGCCCUACCCAGCCCAACGACCCCCAGGGCCCCGCUACCCCCCAUACACUACGCCCCCUCGGAUGAGACGGCAGCGCUCAGCCCCUGACCUCAAGGAGAGUGGGGCGGCUGUGUGAGCCCUGCAUCCUGGGCAGAGAGGGCCUGGCGGGGCCCCUUCCUGGGAGAUGCUGCUUCCCCAGAAGCCGUGGGGCGGGGAGGCCCUAGAGACGAGAGAGAAGGUCCGUGUAGGUGAUAGAAGAUGUAGGGUGUCUGGGCCGGAGGCUGGAGGAAGGAAGAGGGCACGGAGCUGCCAGGAGCGAACCAAAGUGAAGGAGUGACGGGAAGCUGCCUUGGGGCUGCCCCUCGCAGGGCGUCCCACAAACGCUGCUAUGGGUGGGUGGGGAGCUGGGGUGCUGCGUAGUCAGUGUUCGACUUUCUUUUCAAGUGGGGGCAGAGAGGGGAGCACCUAGAGGGAGGCGUGGUCUCCCCCCGUCCUAGCCCCUGUCUGUCUGUCCGUCUGUGGUGGGUUUCUGUCUCCAGGGAGGUGUGUCGGGAUCGUAAGUCAUUCCCUUCCCCUUCCAGGCCUCCUGCUAUAUUUGGGGGACCUGUCUGGUUUCUGGUUUGGUCGAGGUCCCGUGAGGAUGUGGGACCCUUCAAUAAAGAAUAGCAAACAGGGAA